AUGUCUCUCUACGAACCAGCUGAUGGUCUUCUGGGGACUCAUGUGACGUGGCAUGAUGUGGAAAUGGAGAUGCAAAGAGUCCUAGGGACCAAUGCACGCUUCGGAGCCAACCGACAGAUUCGUGAUAUUGGAGAUAUGAAGGGAUUCAUGUCAAAAAUCGCCAUGAUCCAGGCAGAUUGGAACUUUCCAUCGCAAGAAGACUUCCGAAAUCUACCAGAUAGAAUCGCUGUGAAGAUGUCAUCUGAACUCUCUCUAUACGAUUUCUCUACUCUUGUUUCUUCCGAGAAAUGGGGUGUUGAGAAAAUGAAGUCAAUGACAUCACACGUCAAGGAACUACACAAUCGCGAAGUUCAUAUGUACAAGAUUCUGGGGCGAGAGCAACCAGAUUGUCCAACUGUUAACGUUCUAGCUCUCGAAGAGUUUACUGAAUACACACCGUUGAAAGCCUACAUCAUCUCUGAAUACAUUCCAAAUCUUCAUGAUGUGGCAAUGAGUGACAACGUUCCAUUGGAAGAUAUUUGGGCAGUUGUGGAUGGAAUUGCUGCGUUUUCAGCAAUGGGAGAGAGUAUGAGUGAUGAAGAAAUCAAAACAGCUACCAAUGGCUACGGUUAUAUUGCAGAUGCAAUUGAACACUUUUAUGGAGAGCAUAGCCCGGACAACAUGCGCCAGAAUCUGAUUGAUGUUUUGGGAGUAGCAUUUGAGGAGAAAGUUGAUGAGGCAAUGGAUAUUUUUGAAAUGAUUUGUGGCAGUCCGGAAAUUCAGAAUAACUAUUCAAAAGUGUCGCAAUAUUUAGGUCAUUUCCCAGUGUUAAUGCAUUCUGACAUCUGGCCAUCUAAUUUGCUCUUCUCACGAUCCUCUCAAGGACAUCUGGAAUUCAAAGCUCUCAUUGACUUUCAGACUGCAUCCAUGAGCUCUCCAGGACUAGAUGUGGCGUGUUUAAUGGUCACAUGUCUGUCCAAGACGGACCGCCGAGCAUGCAAAGCUGAGCUUCUCGAUCGUUACUACGCUUCAUUUGUGAAAAGCUUGAAACCUCAUCAAUCAAUUCCUUAUACUAGAAAACAACUAGAAGACUCUUAUGAUCUCUGCUUCCCGGCUGCAAUUAUUCUUAUGCUUCCCUUCAUUUUAUCAUUUUCAUUACGACUCGGUGAUGUGAUCCCAGAGAAUUCAAUUGACAAGUCAGCUGGUCUGAUUGAGGAUUUGAUUGCUGUACACAAAUCCAACUUACGAAAGUUCCCAGGAUUCUUUGAAUCCUGCUGA